AUGAAGUCGAAGAAAAUGAAUCCCAAAAGUUGCGAGCAGCUAUUACAUCGAUCCUCUACAAACCGAUGCUGGACGAACAGGGCCCACCUGGACACGGAGGCGCAAAUUAGCGACGUUCUGCUCUACUCUGAAGGGGGUCCCAAUGGAGAAGCAGAACUAGGACAGAGAAAAAGACCCGCGUUAAAGGAAAAUGUGAAGUGUAAAAAGAAAGGGAGAACUUCCAGGAAGGCACUCUUAAAGAACAUAUGUUAUGUAAUAAAUGCGCAGAGUGAAGAACCAAUGAAGCAGUUGGAUGAGCUAAACAUAGGCAUCAGCAGCGGAACCAGCAGCGGCAGCGGCAGAAGGGGCAGCAACAGCAGCAACCUGUUGGAGGUUGUCCGCAAUGGUGAUAACCCUUUGGCGAAGAGCUCAGCGGCAAAAGAACUUUCCUUGAAUGGCGAAAUGAUCCAAAUUGUGGAGGCCUACUGGCUUGUCAGCGCGGGGGUGGAUUCCCUUUCCCUCUUGUAUUCCUUCCUUUUUGUUGUGUACAAAAUUUUAGUGACCCUACGGUACAGACACUCUCAGAGUUACGCAUCCCUGUUGCAGAUAUUAAAUGGCGUCUACUCCUACACGCAUGAUGAUAUAAACGAGAUUGUCCGCUCCCGUGAGGGAGAUAGUGGCGUUCAGUUCUUUGCCUCCGUUUUGAGCAAUGUAACCGUCCUGUAUUGCAACCAUGCGACGAGGGAGGAUUGCGCCAAGGAGAAGAACUUUGUGAAGAAUAUUUGUAGGAGGCACAAGCUGAGGUUCCGAACCAAGGUGCUCAGGAGGAAGGGGGCGGCGGCUGAACAGGAAGAAACGGCCCAAAAAAAUCAACCGCGCCGCAAACGGGGGAAUAACUUUCUACUCCUGGCCAGAGAAUGGAGGAAAAACGUGUACAUGCAGCUGACCAGGCAGAUAGAGAGGGAGGCCAGCAGGGGAAGACGCAUGCGCACAGCGCAGGGGGGCAACCACAAUUUCAUGUACGCAGAAGGGGGGAGCAGGCCCAAGUACAGGUACCGGGAUUACCUGAGCGACGUAGACCACUACAUAAAAUUGGCUAAUAGGAAGCCCAUUUCGGAGGUGCUGCUCAAGGGUGAGGGGUCAAUCAGAACGUCGCCAAACACGUCGCUAAAGACAUCGCCGAACAGGUGGGUAACCGCUCCGAUGGCCACUGCGCGAGCCUGCUCCAUCGUGAAGUCUCUCGUGUUUGUGGGGCACCACCGAAACGACAACAACGAAACCGUGUUGUUUCAGUUCCUCAGGGGGGCCUUCAUCAAAAACCUGAGGGGCAUCAAAUUCCUCACCGGGUUUAAGGACUGCCUAAUAUACAGGCCGUUUAUCAAGCUGAGCAAAAUUAACCUGUACCUGUACAUGCAGAUUGUGAAUAAGUCGUGGCGCUUCGACACGUCUAAUCAGAGCCUGUCCGCCACGAGAAACUUCAUCAGGCACGUCGUAAUUCCGAGCAUUUCCUCCUUGUUUGGGGGAGGGGUCGCCAAUGCAGUCAACACACAGAAGGUAGUCAACACACAGAAGGUAGCCAACACAAAUACGACAGCCAACACCGACAGGGUAGCCAACGUGGAUACGACGACCAACACGGAUACAACAGCCAAAAUUUCUAACCCCGCUAACACUGCUAAACGCGAUAACCCCGCUGUGAGAGGCGAGCUACAAAGCAGCCGCGUGUACGCGUACCCCGCGCUGGACCGCAAGCUCAGCAACAUCAUGGCCCAAACGACCAACUUGGACACCCACCUGCAGUUCUGCACAAACGUCUUCACCAUAUACAUGCACAAUAAAUACUACUGCUACAACGAGGGAAGUACAGAAACACAACUAAGUGCCAAUCCGUUCAUCAAAGAAUAUCAGAUCAUGCAAAGAAAACUGUACGACUCCUUUUUUGGAACCCGCAACGAUCAAAUGGAUAGACUCAUAUCAAUUAAAAAACUUCUAUAUGAACAUAAUUUUUUUUUAAAAAUUUUUAAUUUUUUGGAAUUCUUAAUUUUACCCUCCACAUUUGUCCGCAUGCAAGUCCUCCAUGGAAUGGUCAGCAAAUACACGGGGUUAAAUUUGACCUAUGCCAAUGUAGAUCGUGUGUACAAGUCGCUAUAUGAGUUUGUUCGAUCUUACCUGUGCAGCACCACAUGGGAAAUGUCGGAGGUGACUCGGCAGAGGGGCAUAUAUUCCCUUUGCGAUGGGAGGGGAGAAGCACAGGGUGGAGCUAAUAACGACGAGGCGUGUAGCCCAUCAACCCAGGGGGGAAUUUGUUCACCUAAUGAGAAAGUACGAAUUAUACAUCUGGAUGGAGAAAACAAACUGCUCGUUAAUCGAAUUUUCUUUCGCAUAGUAACGAGUGGAGAGAAAAAAGAGAAAGACUCGGAGGAGCAGGAAGCCCCUCCUCCUCAGCUACGAGAAAAAAACGCAAAUGUGUACAUGCUCGAUGGUAUAUCAGGACAGGUCUGCAGAAUCAAUCGCAGCAAUGUGAAGAGUAUGACCCAUCAGAAGGAGACAUACCUGUUAAUUAAAAAGAGGAGGAAAAAGAAAAGGGAAAAAUUCCAAGUAUACAUUCGUUACCUAAGGAGGAAUGAUUUUUUACACAUCGGCAGAAGGCCCAUCAAGGCAACGAAGUUCCUUUCCAAGCGCGGCAUUCCCCCAGUUUACAUGUUUUCCCUCCCCGUUGUACAUAUAUCGAAUUUUCAAAAAAACAACUUGAUUUUUUUGCACCUCUUUGGGGACAUAAUUCAGAAUGGAAACUUUUCCGUUCACCAGUUUCUGCAGAUGAACGACCCGCUUCUAUCGAAACAGCCACUUCCUAAUCGCAAGAUGUACGAGCUGGGGGAGGGCGCCCGGGAAGAGGAGACCGGCGAACACAUGGAAGCGAGCAUCAACAACAUCGCCAACAAGCUGGCCAACAUUCUCUACAUCACCAGCGUAUCCAUGAAAGAAAACUUCGCAGCGCGCAACACAUUGCAGUACGCUAAGUUCAUUAAUGACAUGAAAUCCUACUGUGUAAAUCUGAUUCAGGCAGUGAACAACCUAAGUGCAGAUUUUUACAGUCACACUUGCUUGCCUGUUCAUACGAUCCCCAGGAAUCCCUACAACAACAUACAGGACGUGAACACGAUUACGAGCAACCUCAGUGUAGACGACCGGGCGGACAAAAUUAAAGAGGACAAAAACACGCUGCACACAUUCAAAACGACGUAUGGCUCAAAAAAUUUCAACACCAUCCUCAAACACAUAGAGCACUUUAACGAUAACGUUUUCUCCGCACUGAACAGCAUGCAACAUGCUAAGGUUUCCCCCCAAAAGUAUGCGGAGACGCAGACGUAUGGCACGGUGCUCUCCGAGCGUUUGAAGAGCAGGGAAAGGGACAGCGAGCACUUGGAGGUGUAUGUCGCCAAGGUCAGUUACGGCCUCUUCUGA